AUGUCAGUUAACAGCAAGAGGAUACAAGUAAGAAAACAUGUCAAACUAGCAAAUGAUGAAAAUUGGAAAUGUAAAUUAGAUAUUUGGAAAGCUAACGAGUCUUGGUCUGACGACUGCAAGACAGUAUUUCAAGAAUUGUCUAAUCUAGGAGAUGACUGGGUUCAAGUAGCCGUAAUCUGUGAGGAUCCAGGCCAUCGAUGCUAUUUUAACUGCCAUGAUGAACAAGAUAAAGUUUUCACAGUUGCAAUGUUUUACUCCAAAUCUAGAAAUCGUAUCCGAGGUGUAGCACAAUUCGGACAAUAUUCACAAUCUGCUUCAGGUGUUGUUCAUACAGGGGCCCUCUCAACAAUAAUUGAUACAGUCUCCGGAAUUUUAAUAAAUUUAGUUUGUGUUGCGGUCACAAUUAGCAUGAGCAUAAGGUAUAAACAAAUCUUACUUAUCGAAGAAUCAGCUCAAUUUAACUGCUGGAUUGAGAGAACAGAAGGUAGAAAAGCUAUAGUUAAAAUGGUUAUUACGUCUAUCGAUAAAGGUAGGACAUUCGCUGAAGGAGAGACUGUUUGGAUGAUACCAAGAAAUGGUUAA